AUGAAGGUCUUCGCGUCGACGACCGACUUUGAUUACUCGUGGGAAGAGGUCUCGACAGCAAACUGGCGGAAAUACUGUCCCUGGAACGAGAAGACGCCACACGUUAUUGCAGUCGACACUCUCUCCCGGACGGUAGACCCAGAGACAGGCAUCCUUCGAACAGAACGCCUAAUAACCUGCAAACAAUCCGCCCCUAAAUGGCUCAACUCCUUCCUCGGCGGCCAAGACACCUCUCACGUCUAUGAGACAUCCUACGUGGACCCGAGAAGGAAGAAAGUCACAAUGUGCUCGACGAACAUGACCUGGUCGGACCUGCUCUCAGUGCGCGAGACCGUCGUCUACAAGCCUUCGCCUGCCGCACCGAACUCGCGGACACAAUUCCACCAGCACGCGAAGAUAACGGCGUUCUGUGGCGGCUGGCAGAAGAUCAAGAACAGCAUCGAGCAGUUCACCGUUGAGCGGUUUCAACAGAAUGCGGUGAGAGGGCGGGAGGGAUUCGAGAUGGUGCUGGAGAUGAGCAGAAAGGUGUUUGCGCAGGAGCGGGAACGGAGACUUGCGGAAGCGAGGCUAUGA